CGCUUAUUAAUGUCGUCGUGUUCAUAAACCCUAGUUUUUCAAUUUUCCCACAUUUCUGCUUAGGUUGCAAAAUCCUCCGCCGCUGCUAUGGGUAUAGAUCUUGUUGCCGGUGGGAAGAGCAAGAGAACCAAAAGAAACUCCCCUAGAUCCGAUGACAUCUACCUGAAGCUCCUUGUCAAGCUCUACCGGUUUUUGGUAAGGAGAACAGGAAGCAACUUCAAUGCUGUGAUACUGAAGAGGCUCUUCAUGAGCAAAGUCAAUAAACCCCCGAUAUCUCUCUCUCGUCUGAUUCGUUACAUGUCUGGAAAGGAUGAGAAGAUUGCUGUGAUUGUGGGCACAGUGACAGACGAUGUUAGGGUGCAUGAAAUCCCUUGUAUGAAGGUAACUGCACUGAGGUUCACUGAGACUGCAAGGGCAAGGAUUGAGAAGGCAGGUGGAGAAUGUUUGACAUUUGAUCAGCUGGCCCUUCGAGCUCCUCUUGGACAGAACACGGUUCUUCUUAGAGGUCCAAAGAAUUCACGAGAAGCGGUGAGGCACUUUGGUAAGGCUCCUGGUGUACCACACAGCCACACCAAGCCUUAUGUGAGAUCAAAGGGAAGGAAGUUUGAGAAGGCCAGAGGUAGAAGAAACAGCAGGGGAUUUAGAAACUAAGUCACCAUUCCCAUGUUUUUUUCCCUGUGUUCUUGAUUAUAUCUUUACUUCUUGUUUGUGUACUUGCUAUUUUGACAUCCAUCUUUUUUCUGGGUAAUGAAGUUGGAGAUUUGGACCUGGAUUUCUUCAAAAUGUUUAUUGAGUUGAAUGGGUUUUUAUGAUUCAUGUUGCU